UAUUGUAGCAGCAGUAAGUUCCACAUAUAUACAUUAAUAUACCCGCAAAUAACACAUGGUCUGUUUCUGUUUUCUGGUCGAUCAACAGCGGAAGGUGCGUCGGAGCAAGCCGGCGGCAGGAACCUGUUCGCGGUGCGGGAGCGGGGCAAGCGUGGCGGAUAUGAAGACAGCUACAAGAUUUUGUCAUGUGCCUUUCUAUUGGAAAUCCUGGAAAGCCAUCAUAUGCACAUUUUGUGGAGCCGUUCUUCGAUCCUACCGAUAGACCAUAGAUCUUUAUGCAGGCCAGCCAGCCUGUACUUGUUAGUAAUUUGUAUAUAUCCUGAAACUGUCAUACAUUGGAUGGCUCACAGCCACCGCUAGUUGAU